AUGCGGGUGCACCUGGGCAUGCUGGCGGGCGCGGCGGCGCUGACCGGGGCGCUCAGCUUUGUGCUCCUGGCGGCCGCCAUCGGCACGGACUUCUGGUACAUCAUUGACACCGAGCGGCUGGAGCGGGGCGGCCCGGGGGCGCGGGGCCGGGCAGGGGCCGCCAACCUCAGCGAGCUCGAACCUCUGAGCUCGCACUCUGGCCUCUGGCGCACCUGCCGGGUCCAGAGCCCGUGCGUGCCGCUGAUGAACCCCUUCUGGCAGGAGAACGUGACCGUCAGCGACUCAAGCCGACAACUUCUCACCAUGCAUGGGACAUUUGUGAUUCUGCUGCCGCUCAGCCUGAUCCUGAUGGUGUUUGGGGGGAUGACGGGGUUUCUGAGCUUCCUCCUCCGAGUCUCCAUCCUCCUCCUGCUCACAGGGACCCUCUUCCUCUUUGGAGCCUUGCUGACCCUGGCUGGAAUCAGUGUCUACAUCGUGUACUCGGCGGCCGCCUUCCGGGAGGCGCAGUGUCUCCUGGAGGAGAAGGCCCUCCUGGACCAGGUGGACAUCCGCUUCGGCUGGUCCCUGGCCCUGGGCUGGAUGAGCUUCAUCGCUGAGCUGCUCACCGGGGUGGCCUUUAUGGGGGCGGCCCGCGUGCUCAGCCUGAGACAGAGGCAGGACCGGGCCAUAUGA